UUUGAGCAAACAAGAUCGUUCACUCCAGACAUUCAUUAGGCCUGUCUGGUAGCAGAAAUCCAGGCCUAACUGGUACAACCAAGAAAGGAAGUUGAUUACCCCUCCUCACCUUCAGUCAGGGAUGACUGGACCCAGGUGUCCACCUCCUGGCCCUGCUUUCUUGUUUUGGCUUCAUUCUCAGGCAGGCUCCUCCCUUGUGAUAGAGAGAUGACCACCAUGAACCCUGAUGUAAAGAGAGUUUCUUCUCCACUACAUCCCCCACGGAUCCCGGCUUUACAGAGAUAUAAUUGACAUCUCACAUGGUACAUUAUGCACCAAGAAGAGUGAACUCUUCCCCUCCUUUCCACAAUGGCGGAUGCGGGCAAGACCUUCAGCUCCGAGGAGGAAGAAGCCAACUAUUGGAAAGACCUGGCUAUGACCUACAAGCAGAGGGCAGAGAACACGCAAGAGGAGCUCCGGGAAUUCCAGGAGGAAAGCCGGGAAUAUGAGGCAGAACUGGAGACACAGCUGCAACAAACUGAGAGCAAAAACAGGGACCUGCUGAUGGAAAACAACCACCUUCGCAUGGAGCUGGAGACCAUCAAGGAGAAGUUUAAAACUCAGCAUUCUGAAGGCUACCGGCAGAUCUCAGCCUUAGAGGAUGACCUUGCCCAGACGAAAGCCAUUAAAGAUAAGCUGCAGAAGUACAUCAGAGAGCUGGAGCAAGCCAACGAUGACCUGGAGAGAGCCAAACGGGCCACGAUCAUGUCACUGGAGGACUUUGAACAGCGUUUGAAUCAAGCCAUAGAAAGAAAUGCCUUCCUGGAGAGCGAAUUGGAUGAGAAGGAGAAUCUCCUGGAAUCUGUGCAGCGACUGAAGGAUGAAGCCAGAGAUUUGCGACAGGAAUUAGCUGUGCAGCAAAAGCAGGAGAAACCCAGGACACCCAUGCCCAGCUCUGUGGACGCUGAGAGGACAGACACAGCGGUGCAGGCCACUGGCUCCGUGCCAUCUACCCCCAUAGCUCAUCGAGGACCCAGCUCUAGUUUAAACACUCCUGGGACCUUCAGACGUGGCCUGGACGACACCACUGGGGGGACCCCCCUCACGCCCGCAGCCCGGAUAUCAGCCCUCAACAUCGUGGGAGACCUGCUGCGGAAAGUGGGGGCCCUGGAGUCCAAACUCGCUUCCUGCCGGAACUUCGUGUACGAUCAGUCCCCAAGCCGAGCCAGUGGCCCAGCCUCGGGGCGGGGGAGCAAAAACAGAGACAGCGUGGACAGGCGGCCCGGCGGCAGCAGCGUGCCUCUAGGCGACAAAGGGUUGGGAAAACGCCUGGAGUUUGGGAAGCCGUCAUCGAAUGUUUCCUCACCGUCGCUGCCGUCAGCCCAGGGUGUAGUCAAGAUGUUGCUUUAGGAAAGCCAUGGAAGCCGAGGCGAGCCCUUCCCCUCCUUCCCUCUUUGAACUAGGUUUUGGGUGUUUUUGUUUUUUUCUUUUAAGUUGGUUUGAGAAAUAUGAGCAAGCAGUCACACAAAGCCAAGUGACCAAGGCCGUUGCCAGUGGCCGUGGGUCGUUGGCUGCAGGAAAUGCAGUCCCUUAACCCCCAGCCUCCGUGUUGACGUGUACAGCCAAGGGCGGGACCAACCUGACCCUCUGGAAAGGGCGACUUGGGUGCCAAGGCCACCCCAUCCUUGUCAGCUGAGCUGAGUCCUCAUUGGUCUUGAGAGGUGUUUUUAAUGAUCGGAGACACCUAUGAAGUGGAGUCUGAGCCGUAGGCUCACCCUGCCCCCCACAGCUGGUGCUUCUUCCAGAACAAAAUCUCCAGUGUGCUAUGGCACGACAGGGGCCAGUGCCCUGAAAUCACGCCUGGGGUGAGGGAUAGAACAGGCAUGUACCUUUUAUUUAAACUGUGGUGUGGUGUACCUCCGAGACUUUUUUUUUUCCAAAGUGGAGUAUAAUUGCUUUACAAUGUUGCUUAGUUUCUCCUGUACAGCAAAGUGAAUCAGCUACGUGUGUACAUAUAUCCCACCCCUCUGGGCCAUCACAGAGCACCGAGCUGAGCUCCCUGGGCUAUACAGCAGUUUCCCACUAGCUCUCUGUUUUAUACACAUGUACCUCCAAGACUUUUUAAUCUGCCUGUCACUGAGGCUUUUAGAGGCGUGCUUGAGUUUCAGUGUGAAUUUUGUGGGGACCAGGUCAGUGGAAAAUCUGUGUCCUCUUUAGACCUGUCCUUGUCCUGAACCUCCUGCCCUGGUCUGGGAGUGCCCUCUGCUUCUGAGGGUUUCUGGGGUGUGAUGGCCUUAGCGAUGCAGCCCCUGAGAACAGGACUUGAUUCAAAGCCUGGAUGAAAUAAUCAAGGUUACCAUCGGAUAAGAUGAAGCCACCGGGUUGCAUUGGGAGCGUCCUUAUUAAAGAAGAAGCGAACCCAGGAUUUCCAGGCAGACGGCAUGUGGCUCCUCCCUGCUGAUCUGGAACAGCUGCCUCACACUGUGGACACAAGUAAAAAGAACACGUGAAUUCAGGCCUGUGCAUGCAACCUAACAGCCUUCUAAGUCAUUUUUCCAAAAGAACAGCAGAAGUAUCCAGCUGAAACCAGAGCUUUUCAAGUGCUACUGAAAUUCAGCAGAGAAUUAAACUCCAGUGCCCACCUCAUUACCGUGGCAACAUUCUAACCUGUAUCGGUAAAAGACGUACUUUUAUUUUUUUAAAAGAACAAUAAAAUCAAGAGAAACUGAUUUUCAGCUAGUUUGUGGCGGUCAGUAAAUGCUGGUUAGUGCUUCUGUGUUUGUGCAUCCGAUGGUGAAAAACUUUUUUUUUUUAACCAAGUGACAAUGAAAAAAACCUACUUUUUAAAAGUUUCCUUUCGGGUCAGCUUAGCAUUGUGUUUGGAAGACGUGUAUGUCCUAUCCAAGUUGUAUGGUCUUUCGGCGUGUCCUCGGGCUCUGUGAGUCCUUUCUUGUCCGUCUGUUUGUGCCCACAGAGUCUGAGUAUGGAGUCGUUGUGUUGAGUGGGAACCUUUGCCAGGCAGCUCGGUCUAGAGCACGCAGGUGAGGAAAAGGACAGGCCUAGACCCAGUUUUUAUGGCCCUCAUGCCAAGAAUGGUAUAUACAUUUUUAAAGGAUAGUUUAAUAAUUAAAAAAAAAAAAAGACAAAAAUGUGACAGAGACCAUUUCUGGGCAUUUAUAGAAAAAGUUUGUCAACGCCUGCUGGGUGAAGUCUUGUGUUUUAACUCAAACAUUCAAGGAACGCUUAAUGUUAAUUCACAUUAACUACAUUUUUGUGUUUUGUUUUUUAAGAAUUUUUUAUGUGGAUAGUUUUUAAAGUCUUCAUUGAACUUGUUACAGUAUUG